AUGGGCGCCUACAACUCAAACCUUGAUGAUAUCAUGGAGGAGGACAUGCACCACUGGUACACCAAAUUCAUGAAGGAGUCUCCUUCGGGACUCAUAACGCUUUUUGAGCUCAAGACAAUGCUGGAAAUGAACGGUAUGACAGAGGAGGCCAGCAGCUAUGUGGACCAGGUCUUCUUCACCUUUGACAUGGAUGGGGAUGGCUACAUGGACUUUGUGGAAUACAUUGCAGCAAUAAGUUUGUUACUGAAAGGAGAAAUUAACCAGAAACUAAAGUGGUACUUCAAGCUCUUUGAUCAAGAUGGAAAUGGGAAAAUUGACAAGCAGGAAAUGGAGACCAUAUUCAAGGCCAUUCAAGAUAUCACCAGAAGUUACGACGUGCAUCCAGAAGAUAUUGUCACUCUUGUAUACGAGAAGAUUGAUAUCCACGGAGAAGGUGAGCUGACACUGGAGGAGUUCAUCACUGGAGCCAGAGAUCAUCCCGACAUCAUGGAAAUGCUCACCAAGAUGAUGGAUCUUACCAACGUUCUGGAAAUCAUUGUUAGAGGUCAACGGAAGACUGCCGUAAACUGAAUCCGUGAUCGGCGAGCUGGACUGUGUGGAGAACUGAGAUGGUUUUCGGAUGAUUUUUAGAACGCGGCAGUGUGAAGGAAAGAUUGCAUGUGCUUGAUCGGUGAGGAUCUGAACUGACAGAGCAGUCCCACGCAGAUCUGU